AUAAAUAAUCAAUAAAAGCCUACAACUUUAAAAAAUAAUCCGCUUCCGCAGCUGACGACUUGACAGCUGAUUGUUGACAGCAAACGUCAUCGUCGACCAUCGUCGAUUCAGUGAAUUUUUCUAUGUGAAAACUUAGUGUGAAAACCGGAAUAUAAGCAGUCCUAAUUUACAUUUUAAGGUAUAUUACUAAACAUUCCGGUUCUAAAUACUUAUCUAAUACACGUUUUUUAAUAGUAAAGGCGAGCAGCACGUACCAUCCCGAGUGAAAACGUAGUAAUUGAGAUUAUUUUUAUGCCAUUUGCGUUCUUUAUUUUCCUUUGUGAUGAUAAGUGAUUCCAUGAGUAAUCAGUGUUAUUGUGAAUCAUAACAUUAAUCUGACUUAUCUCCACAUGUGUGGAUACUGGGAAGCGUAAUUUAUCAAGGACUUGACAGGAUUUGACCAACUGGCACAAUGACCGAGCGAGAGCCGAUAACUGGGUCGAGCCGUGACUACGGCGCCACGGCAGCGCCUCCAGCGGUGGGCUUCGCGGACUUCAGUCCCACUGAGCUCUACAACUUGAGCGAGGGCAUCGCAGAGAAUGUCAACUCAGUCAACAGCGGGCUGAGGUCGCUCGAGAAGAUGAUGAAGCAGAUAGGGGGUCCCCAUGACAGUGUGCAGUUGAGGGAUAAGAUCCACGACUGCCAGCAGUCUGUGAACGCGUGCGUCUCAGCCACGGCGCGGGACUUACAAAGACUCGGAGUUGUGGUGCGGCGCGGGGACAAGCCGCAGAAGCUGCAGGUGGAGCGCCUCACGCAGGCCUUCAAGGACGCGCUGGCCAAGUACUCCGCCGUGCAGAAGGAGGUGUCAGAAAAGAUGGCUGCCCAUAUGCCGCGGCCGGCGCGCGUGCGCAACGAUCCCGCCGCGCUGGAACAGCAGGCCAUAGCGGACGACGAGGAGGCCGCGCUCGUCGCCAACCAGCAGGCGCAGGGGUGGUAUUGCAACGACCCCGCCGCGCUGGAACAACAGGCCAUAGCGGACGACGAGGAGGCCGCGCUCGUCGCCAACCAGCAGGCGCAGGGGCGAUAUUGCAACGACCCCGCCGCGUUAGAACAACAGGCCAUAGCUGACGACGAGGAGGCCGCGCUCGUCGCCAACCAGCAGGCGCAGGGGCGGUAUUGCAACGACCCCGCCGCGCUGGAGCAACAGGCCAUAGCUGACGACGAGGAGGCCGCGCUCGUCGCCAACCAGCAGGCGCAGGCGCGACUAGUGCAAUUCGAGACAUCAAUGCUGGUGGAGCGGGAAGCUUACAUGAGCAAGAUAGAAGCUGAUGUGUUGGAUGUGGGACAGAUCAUGAGGGAACUCGCUGCUAUGGUCAGCGUGCAGGGACAGACCGUUGACACGGUGGCGAGUCACAUAGAAGACGCAAGCGCUCAAGUGGAAUCCGGCGUCGAUGAGUUGGCCAAAGCCGCCGAGUACCAGCGCCGCUACCGUCGGAAAAUGUUCAUCCUCAUCCUCAUAGCUCUCAUCGUGGGCAUCAUAUUCGUCGUCUGGAUCGUCAAAGCCUUCAAGUAAACUAUAAUCCAGACUAGGAAAGUGCGACUAAAGCCUAGAGGCUAUGGUCUUCAUUAAACGCCGUAGGCCGCGUCGCAAUGCUUAUUAAAUGCACUGUUGUGGUCUGAUUCAGACGUCGGCGUAUGGAUGUCGAAGAAACGUGUGACGCGUAUUAGCGAUUAAUAGCAGACCGUAGCCUAAACAAACUAUGGCACAUCAAGCCAGUUAAAACUUAAGAGGCUUUAUUACGAAAAAAGGAACACUGAUAUUUCCAUUUCAUUCAACCAGUUUAUUUUUUUGUAAUAAGAAGGAUGUUGUUGUAAUAACUGAGAUAUUGCAACUAAAAUGGGUAGUCGGAUUGCAGUUGACUGUACAUACAGUACAGUCGGAAAUGUACCGGGCUACGUCGAAAAUAUUAAAUAUUGACUUUAAAAUGUAAUGCAACCUAAUAAAUGUACAGGGUUUGCUUGAAUUUAGGGUCGAACAUUUUGUGGGGAUUCUGUCGCCAAAGGUUUGAGAAUGGCUGGCCUAUAAAUGUGUAAUCUUUAAAAUGUAUGGGAAUGACUUGUGCAUGCGCAAUAUCGCAAAGUUUUCAUACAAUGAACCAACUAAUUGAACUUUUUGGUACUCUUGGAAGAGAAACCAAGUCUAGUUUCCAUUAUCCACCAUUUUCUUAUAGACUUGUGAAUAAAAUUGAAGUCACUGAAUUGAAUUUUGAACUGUCCCUUUUUUCCAUGCAUCAAUCAAUAUGCAUGCCAAUGCAAACAUACCAAGUCAAUGUUAGUCAAAUUCAAAUUUCAAUUUACUGCCUCGAAUUUUAAACUAUUCCGAAACACUAAUCAUGUUCAUAAAAAAUAUAUUGCGUGUCACAAGAAAUAUAGUCUAAUGAUAUUAUUUAAGUCUUACUAUUCACGUCUGAGCAUGUUCUACUUACAAACUGCAAGACAAUAAAUUACUAUAAUCUUGCACGUCUUUAUUCUUUGGGCCCACUAAGAAAUGUUAGAGAGCAUGAUAAACAUGUCAGUAUUUUGAAAAGCUAACCUCACAUUAUCUCUGGUUAGUUUUUUUUUCUUAUUGACUUCACUCUAUGUUCAAGAGUUUUAGAUCUGGCAACCCAUGCGAGGUAUUUACAACCUCAAAAAGUAUAUAGGCUAGAAGUGUAUUGUUUAAUCAGUAUAGAUAGUUAUUUAUCGUCUCGAUUGUAUAACUGAAGGAUUAUUUCACAAUUAAGUUAUUAGUAAGUAGUUGAUUUAGUAUUUUAGUAUGACUAAGUUCUAAAUCAACGUACCUUUUAAAUAUUUAUGUAUGAACCAUUACAACUUUGUUAAAUAAUGUAACAUGCAAAUGCGAAAGUCUCAAAGGAAACUUAAAUGUUUGUAAAUAAAAACGAUAAUUUACAAGUAAAGCGAAAGAAAAGUAGUUUAAAGUCAUUGAAAAAAAAAUUUUUGUUGCAGAAAAGCCAAACGUAGAUUUGCGUUUUGUUAAAAAUAUGUAGUAGUUAAAUGGAAAUAAUAUAAUUUAUCAACUUUAUUUUGUAAAAAUAAUAUCGUAUUCUGCUAGUGAUGUCUCGAAAUUGUGCAAUGAAAAUUAUAUUAUGUAUAUUUUUUUCUUUUUAUAAAUUUAUUUGUAUAAUUAUGAUCUGUAAAGAUGCAAUUGUUAUAGAUAGGUACCUACAUACAUUAGGGCAUAGUUCCAUUAUGUAUCAAAACGUUAGUAUGUUUCUCUUUUUUUUUUAUUCAUCCAACAAUAAUAUGAAAUAACUUACUGGGCCCUUUUUUAAUUCAGUUGUGAAAUAUAUCGAGUGAGUUAAAGUUUAUUUAUUGAAGUAUUACAAUUACCUCUAUGUUAAAUUUUUAUUUUGUUUAAUGUAGCUGUGUAUAUAAGGCCUUAUUUAGUAUGUACUAUGUUAUUAUUACUAUUUAACGUAGGUAGGAUUUUGUAUAAUAACUAAUAAAUGUAAUAAAAAUAGGGUUGUCGCUAAUUGGUUAUUAAUAUAAUAGUUGCAACCUUAUUUUUUUGUAUAACAUUCAUUCAUUAUCCAGUAAAUAAAAAGUAUUUGAAAACAACAUUCCAAAAGACUCACUGAUAAUAAUUAUUUAAGUCGCAAAUGUAGUACAUAUUCGACUUGAUUGCAACUUUGUAUGGUCUCAAAACUUCAAUCACUUAAUAUGUAAAACCAAAACGGUUAAAAAUAUUUUCUGUACACUUUUUUAUAAAAACGCAUGGAAACACAUUUUUUCAAUUGUCAAAAUGUACAUUUCUCAAUAAAAUAUCGUUUCAAUAAUACGAACAAUAAAGAAAUUAUAAUGUA